UCCUGUCCAUCCCCAUCCUCAGGCGGGAGUUUCCCACGGUGCCCCGCGGCCGGACUACAUCUCCCAGCGGCCCCCGCGGCCCCGCGCGCGCGCGGCGGGGCGGGGCCCCCCCGCCAUCUUCGCGGCGGUCCCUGAGCGGCGCGAGCGGGGCGGGGGCGGGUCCGGCGGCUCUUAAAGGGGGCACGGCGCGGGGUGGGGCCCUCUCGGCGCGGGAUGGAGCGCGGAGCGGCACCGGAGACUCGGAGCAGCGCCGUGCCCCCCGCUGACGCCCCCGUGUGCCCCCAGCCCCGCGGGGGUCGCCCGCAGGCCCCGGAGUGCGUCCGGCGCCAGAAGCGCCGGGAGCUGGACGCGCGGCGCAGCAAGUGCCGCAUCCGCAUCGGGGGGCACCUGGAGCGCUGGUGCCGCCUCAAGGAGCAGCUCGGAUUCGCCCUGCACUCCCAGCUGGCCCAGUUCCUCCUCGACAGGUACAGCUCUCAUGGUUGCACCUGGAGCACAGGAGAGCUGGAGCGGCUCCAGCCGGCGGCACUGCAGCGCCUGGUUGUGCUGUCCCACGGCCACGGCCAGGAGUGCGGCUUUGUGCCCGACAUCCAGCUGCCGGCACCAGGCAGCACGGCAGCCCCGCUGGUUUGGGAGUGCGUGGCGGGCCACCGCUUCUCGUGGGGCGGCUCCGGGGGUCCCAGCAGCCCCUCCUGCGACCCGCUGAAGGUGGCCCAGGGCUGCAGCCCCUCCGCGCGCCGGCACUCGCUCCGCAGGGCCGCGCUGGGCUCCGCCGAGGCAGGGGAGGAGGGAACGGCCAGGGCACCGCAUGGCGAGGGGGAGAUGGGACAUGCUGGUGACACUGGUGGCACAGCCCCCCAGGUGCCACUGGAACCGGGGCCUGUGGCGGCAGCUGGCGAGAGCAGCGCCAUCCCGGGGGACGACGCAGAGCCAGGAGCUGAGCCCCGAGAGGAAGAGGAGGAAGAGGAGGACGAGGACUUUGCCAAGGGGGACGACCUGGCCUACACCGACGACCUGCGUGACGAGAACUACCACCCCUCCCUGGACAGCGACUCGGAGCCACAGCGGCGCCAGAGCCAAGCCAAGGCUCGCAAGAAGCCGAUCAAGGAGGAGCAGCCCCUGCUGGAGCCGCCCCUGCCCAGCUCUGGCCCCUUGGAGGAGAAGAGCGGACGCGUCAGUUGCCGUCGGCAGCCACGGGCGAGUGACAAGGACGUGGCUCAGAUCGGCCCCAAGAGGAUCAGGAAGGCGGCAAAGCGUGAGAUCCUCCUGUGCGACUUCGAAGGCUGUGGCAAAAUCUUCUCCAACCGCCAGUACCUGAACCACCACCAGAAGUACCAGCACGUGCACCAGAAAACCUUCACCUGCUCUGAGCCCACCUGUGGGAAAUCCUUCAACUUCAAGAAGCACCUGAAGGAACACGAGAAGCUGCACAGUGACAAGCGGGAUUACAUCUGUGAGUUCUGCGCGCGCUCCUUCCGCACCAGCAGCAAUUUGAUCAUCCACAGACGGAUCCACACCGGGGAGAAGCCGCUCCAGUGCGAGAUCUGUGGCUUCACCUGCCGCCAGAAAGCCUCCCUGAACUGGCACAUGAGGAAACACGACGCCGACUCCUUCUACCAAUUCCCGUGCGACGUCUGCGGGAAGAGGUUCGAAAAGCGGGACAACGUCACGGCCCACAAGAGCAAGAGCCACCCCAGGGCGCCCGGGGGACUCCCCCAGCCCGAGGGGCUCCCCCAGCCCGAGGGGCUCCAGCAGCAGCCAGAGCCCCCUGGGCCGAUGGAGCCCCUGGAGCUGCUUGGGGCUGUCCUGGGGACUGGGGGGGACACGGGGAGGACCCCACUGGAUUUUGGCGGGGGGGAUGUUGGGCAGGAUCCAGGCGUGCCCCAAGGCCAGGGGAUGGGCGACGGGGGGUCCUAAGAGGGCUCGUCCCCCCGUUUGGGGACUGGAGCAAAAGCAGCUCCAGGUGCCAGAAAUACCUGGGAGAGGCAAAACUGGGGGAAAUCCCAGUUCUUCAGCCAAACCCUAGAUGAAAUCCCAAGUUUUCAGCCAAAUCCCUGGGACAAAUCCCAUUUUUUUUUGCCAAAUCCCAGCUUCCCUCGAGCCCAGCAGUAUUGCCACAAGUGGAUCCUCAAUAAAGACUUAUUUUGGGUAAAAGUGGGAUUUGGUGUCAGAUUUUUACGGAAAAAAAUAGAAAAGUGAUAUUUGGGUGGUUUGGACUCAGAAAAAUGGGUUGGAGAGGGGGUGGAGACACCAAACACCCAGGAAUGGGGACCCAAACUGGGGUGAGAGGGAGCUCCCAAUGAGUCUGUGCCCCCAAACUGGGACGGAUGGGAGCACACAUUGAGCUGUGCCCUGCAAAUGGGAUGAGAGGCAAUGCCCAGUGGGGUGUGCCCCAAAACUGGGAGCUCCCGGUGCUUCCAACUUCUCCUUUAAACUUCAUUCAAUUUUCCCUUAAAAACUCUUGAUUUAAACCAGAAUUUGAACUUACAGGUACUUGGAAGCUCCAAGUUGGGACCAU